AUGUAUCGAGCUGUCCUCCGUGCUAAGAGGGAAGUGGUUGUUCGCCAAUCUGGCCUGAUUCUCGCGGAGGGUACUGCGCUUGACUGCUGGGAAGCCUUUAAGUACACACCCGAGGAAAUGUACAAACAGUUUGACGGUGCGGGUCUCACUGCAGAUCGACAAUGGAAAACACCAUCAGCAGAGAUGUAUCUUUUCCACCUCAAGCGAACCGUGGCUUGA